ACAUUUUAGAAUGUGAAAAAUAUUUUAGUAAUCUCAAUGAUCUAAAACUGCACUACAGUGAGGAACAUCAAUUAAAAACAUCGCGUUCUAACCGUACACCAUUCAAAUGCACUGUUUGCUCGGUUCCCGUCUUUUUUUCGAAUUUGAAACGACACAUUUUAAACCGACAUCAUAGUGUGAUUGAUGAAGGAACAACAAACACAACUUUCCCUACUGAUAGUGUAAAUGCAAAUGAAACAAUUGAUCAGACAAAUACAACAAAGAUUCACAACCCGUUUUUCUUCAUGGAACCGAUUGGUUUACAAACCAUGUUAGAUCAAGUAUCCAAAUCAAUAACAGAUUUGCGUAGCGAUAUUAAAUUACCUGAAGCUAAAAUCCAAUAUUUUAUGCAACUUGCAGACGUAAUGCUCAGGAAUAUCCAAAGAUAUUCGACGUGUCUUAUAAAAUCUUUCCUAUUAUCAAGGGGUAUACUAUUUUCGGAAGAAGACGUCGUGAAUUUGAUUAAUGAGUUACAUGUACCAUCUGUUUUUACCGAUGUUAAAUAUCUAGAAGAUAAUUUGGCAUUUUUAGCAUAUAUAUCAAAAUGUGCGAUACCUGUUCCAAAAGGAAUUGAACUAGGGUUCCAAAAAGUUACUCGUUCGGUUCCGCUUGGUCUUAGAAAAGGCAUGAAAAUGAGCACGAGAGUUAAAAUUGAACAAAGUGUAAGUCGCGUUACGCGUAUAAGAGAUAUGGCGUACUAUAUUCCAGUUAUAGAAACACUACGUUUGGUGAUGAAUAACCCGGAUGCAAGAGCAAUGAUACAUAAAGAGUUGCCACAAAAUGAUAAAUCGAUAUGUUCAUUUAAGGAUGGAAGCCAGUUCAAAUCACACCCUUUUUUAAAUAAAUAUCCCUUUGCUUUAAGACUGUCAUUGCAUUUAGAUGAUGUAGAAUAUCUAAAUCCGUUGGGUUCUAGAAGAAUUAAGAAAAAAAUGACGAUGUUCUCGAUUAGAAUCCAAAAUAUUCAUUCCACACUUAACGCAUCUCUCGACCGUAUAUACUUAGUAAUGGUUGUUCAGUCUAAGCUAUUGAAAAAAUACGGAUAUGGGAAAAUUUUGCGACCAUUCAUUGAUGAUUUGAAAAAGUUACAAACCGAUGACGGUGUUUUAGUUGAGUUGAUACCAAGACAUUAUGUAUUGCGAGCAGUUCUAAUUGAUGUGUUAGGAGAUAGUCUAGCGGUGCACGAUAUAUUCGAGCUUCUUAGUCCUUCCGCAAAGUUUUUUUGUCGUUCUUGUUACAUAACACGGGAUGCUUUAGUAAACGGAGAGUUGGGUGAUAUUCAUCCACUACGUACUGAGGAAAGCCUCAACGAAAAUUUGAAAAAUCUGAAAUCUGGAACGAUAACUCCCUCGGAAUGUGGCAUAGUAAAAGAGUGUGUUCUCCAUGAACUCGACAGUUUCAAUAUAGCUAAUAAUUGGUCAUUUGACCCCAUGCAUGAUUUGUUGGAAGGUGUAGUAAGCCUUAUCCUCAAAGCGAUUUUGCGAGAUGCCUUAACUGAAAAGCUUAUAACCGAAAAACAAAUCAACGAAUAUAUUGAACGCUUUGAAUUUAGAGAUGCUGAAAUUCGUGAUAAACCUUCUGCAAACUUUACAAAAGAAUCUAUAAAAUCAUCUAAAAACAUUUUAAACCAAUCUGCUGCUCAAACGUGGACUCUUUUGAGAGCCUUUCCUUUCAUUUUCUGGGAUCUUAUACAACAUAAAGAAUGUUACCAAGUAUUAAUAUCAACACUCUUGAGAAUAACAUAUUUUUCCUUCUCGAGUAAAAUGACACUAGACAUGUUGGAAGAACUGAGAAAGUCUAUUGAGAUAUUCCAUAAAACAUUUGUAGAGAGCCGUAUAGCAAAUAUGAUCAAUAAAAUACAUCACAUAUCACACUAUGUGCAAAAAAUUCUCGAAAAGGGCCCCAGCGUUUUCGAUAGCUGUAUGCUUUUCGAAGGAAAAUUCAGAGAUAGAAAAGGACAAGCCAAAACGUGUAAUAACUUUAAAAAUUUAUCAUAUAGUUUGGCAAAAAGACAUAAUUUUAAGCAAGUCCAUAAUAUUACGAAUCAUCAAUAUGAUACUAAUAGCAAAACUGUAUUAAAAAGCUACACAACGCAAAAAACAGAUUUGGAAUUUUCAUCUUUGCUGUUUGAUUUGUCCGAUGAAGUUACAGUGAUUCAAAGCUUUACAUCCAAUUUGAUACAUUUUUCUUCGGGGUUGAUUGUAAAAUAUAUUAAUUGUGCAUUAAAAUGCUAUGGAAUCAUUCUUAGUAUCAUCGAUUCAGGAGAAGAAUAUAUAUUUUUGAUACAAGCUUUAGAAAUAAUCGAGUUUUGUUAUACUAUUAAUGCUUACAAAACGAAAAUUACCAAGAACAUUCUAAGGAUACCGAAAUCGAAGGUAUUCAAAAGAAAAACUUACAGCCUGUGGACGACCAAUAACACCGUCGACAAAUUUCUUUAUAUCAGCCUCAAAUAUUUUGAUGAAUAACGUUUGCGGAGUUGUUUCAGCCAAUAAGAUAGCGGAAUUACAAGCGAAUCUAUAAUUUUAAUGGAGGAUAAAGAUUUAAUGGACAUCGGAAUAGAAAAAGGUCCGUGAUUGCUAAUAUUGGAAUUUAUAAGACAGGAAAAUAAUAACGCCCAAGAAAACAUAAAUGAAUCGAACUUAAAUGUACUAAACUGGAACGAUCCUCAUUCAACGUCAUCUAAAGCUCGUUUUACUUUUUUUAAUGUAAGUAGAUAAUUUAUCAUUAUGAUCAUCUAGAAAAAUUUGCUUUUAAGCAUCCUGGCUUGUUUAAAAUUUGUUAGCUGUUAUGAUGUGUUAUUUUUUUAAUUUGUUUAUUUAUUCUAUUCCUGUUUUAAUCCUAGUGAAGUGAGUGGGCUGCCUUUCCUGUGAACAUUUCAUGAGAAAUCAAAGCAAGUUUCAUUUUGGAGUUUUCGACAAUCUGUUUUCAUAGUCACAAUAAUUUUUUACCGUUUUCAAUCGAUAAGACAUUUAAAUUCUCCGGUCCUCGGUUCAUAAGUUGGUUUUCACAUACAUUGCACAGCCUUUCUAUAUGAGAAACGCUGAACAGUUUUAUUAUUGCUCUUUCAUAUGGUCGUGUAAUUAGUUUUAAUUUGAGUUCAAAUCGUCAGAUGUUCUUUUCAAAGUACGUUUAGACGUUUGACUUAUGAUAUGUAGUUCUGGCUCUUAUUGACAAAACAGAUGUGUUAAUGUAUCCAUGUCUCCUUCUAAGCUUGCCAACUCCAUCCGGCAGUCUCAUGCCUAGAAGAAGCUGCUGGUCUGCCGGACUUACCAAAAUUCUUCCGCGCCGCAGCACAACCGAUGAUCCAUGAAGAUUCAUAUGAUUGGUCAUGGUGUGAAGUUAGCAUUAACUUAGUUCAUUCAUAACAAUUGGGAAUCGCAAAAUAAUAAGAUGGAAUAACGAAAAUGAGGGUGUUUAUGAAAAAUAAGGACACGAAAUUGUAAACCUUCUCCAAUCACUUUAGAGUACCUCUUAACUUUGGCUAAAAUUAUUGUUACCUCGAAACUGUUACUGUGUUUCAUGUAGGUAAUGAAUUCGGCUCUCAAUAAAGGUUGCUACAUAUGUUUUUUUCAAACGAUAGUUUCAACAGGUGGUAUAAAGAAGCUCUUGUUAGCUUUCAGACAUCAGCCAUACAUCGAACUGAAAAGCGGAUGAUGACAACACUUUGAAUGGCAUAAACUCACUUCAUUUACGUUACUCUUAAGUCCCGAGUGACAUGUAUGACAACCACAGUCGGAUUCCAGUAUUGAAAUUUUGUCAAGUGGAAAAUGUGAUUACAUGACUACAUUUCUAGAGUUAUUUACAACCUUUCGGCAUUUCGAUAAAAACAGAUAAAUUCGGUACAAAAAUUGUUUGCAAAUAGCAUUAAUUUAAGUCUGCUUAGCGAUUUAUAUUGAACUAUAAGGUGGCGUUAGCAGUUCAACGUAAACUGCUAAUGCGCAGAUGAGUUGAAGACGAUUCAUAGGAAAAUCGCAUAGUUAAGCACAAGCCGCUACCUAUGCGUUACUAAAACCCUUGAAUCGAAUUUAUUGUUUUUUACAGCAACUCAUUUUUAAAAAGAGUCUAUGAUUUA